CUCUUCCUGUUUGUCUGGGAGGGUUUUUUUCUGUCGGCCUCUUCGGUGAAACUGGUUCUUAACGUCCGAGUUUAGCUAGCUGGCACCUGCGUCAGUUUUCCAUGUAAACGCGGAAACUGUUAGCCGAGACAUUAAAGAUGGCGGCAGCUUAAGAGCAGUUAUAUUCGUUUGCUGUAAUUUGUGUGGACGGAACCGGUUAUGUUGCCUACCUUAGGGAUACUGCCUGAUAUUGACUGGGUUUUUGGUGUGACGGGGUUCACCAUCCAUGUCAGCAACCAUAAUGUCUUGGGAGUCAUCCGAGUCAAACUCGGUCUCAAACACAUAAGGUUGACCCUCUGGACAGCAUUUUAACAGCUUACUAUCAAGAGGUCCAUCACAGAUUUUCAAAUGAAAAUGGAGGAAAAGCCCCUUUCAGGCCCAGACAACACCAGGCUGGAGGCCCUGAUACAAGAUAUCUACUCUGAGCUGGUGGAAGAUGCCUGUUUGGGCCUGUGUUUUGAGGUGCAUCGGGCCGUUAAACAGGGCUAUUUCUUCUUGGAUGAAACGGAUCAAGACAGCAUAAAGGAGUUUGAGAUAGUGGAUCAGCCAGGAGUAGACAUAUUUGGUCAGGUCUUUAAUCAGUGGAAGAAUAAAGAGUGCGAGUGUCCCAACUGCAAAAGGUUAAUAGCAGCUUCCCGCUUUGCUCCACACCUGGAAAAGUGUCUCGGCAUGGGACGCAACAGCAGUCGCAUCGCCAACCGCAGGCUAGCCAGCAAUAACAACAUCAGCAAAUCUGAGAGUGAUCAGGAAGACAACGAUGACCUUAACGACAAUGACUGGUCAUAUGGAGCGGAAAAGAAAGCCAAGAAGAGAAAGUCAGAUAAGAAUCAGAACUCCCCGAGAAGGUCCAAAUCUCUGAAACACAAGAACGGUGAGCUUGGGACCAGCAUCAGUUUAGAUCCCUACAAGCAGUACAACUACAAUGCUGGCAUCAGUUUUGAAAGCUUGGGCCCAAAUGAAGUCAGAUCCUUAUUAACAACACAAUGUGGGGUUAUCUCUGAGCACACCAAGAAGAUGUGCACAAGGUCUCAUCGAUGUCCACAGCACACAGAUGAUCAGAGGAGGGCCAUCAGGUUGCGCCUCCUGGGGCCGUCUGUCAGGCCGACUCUUCCUGACGCUGAUGUGGAAGGCGACAGCUUUGACGUUCCAGAUGGACAGGCCUUACUGAGCUGCCUGCAGUGGGAGGACUCCCCUGAUAUCUCCCCCACUGACUCGGCCUCAUCAAAAGCCAGCACCAAUCAUUCAGAUUCCAGGAGGCCCAAGAAGAAGAAGUCUGCUCUAAGCAUGAACAGUGGAGGGGGAGGUGUAAAUCUGACUGGAGUCAUCGGCAGCAGCGCUCAGAGUAAUAUCAGCUUAUCGACCAAAAAGAAGAAGCCCAAAACAGCAGCACCUUCUGUUUCGAGCAUUUAUGAUGAACUAAACUAGCAUGGACCUGUUUUUACUGCAAAGGUUUAGGAUAUAACUUAUCUUUGAAAGUAGGAUUCCCCCUUCGUCAUCAUAAACUUCCCCUCUUCUACUUUUAGUGGUUGGUUUCAUUUACUUGAGGUAUUCACCCACACAACUCCACAUAUAUAUAUAUAUAUAUAUAUAAAAACUUAGAUUUGUUAGAUUGCUUGGACUUUGAAGCCCCCCCCUGAUGAAAAUCAGGAGGGCUUCAUGGUCCAUCUGAUGUCACUCUUUGCUUUUCCUAACUGUACUAGAGGUAAAAAUCAAGAGCAGCACUCUAAAUGACUAGUUUUCAAUUUUUCUGAAAUGAAAAAUACAAAAGAUUUGAUGAUUUACUUCGUAGCAAAAUAAUUGUGGAAAACAGGGUCGUUAUGUAGUAAAAAUAGUGUUUUUACAGCAUGUUAUAGAAGUAAUCAAAUCCCACAUACUAAGAAGCUGCAAUAAAAUGGUUGCACGAGUGUGGAAGCACCCAAGUUUUACUCGGUUUCAGCAUGCCACAUUUCCUGUGGCAGUUUGCUUUGCAAAGGUUCUCUAAAUCUAUCAGAUUAUAAGAGCAUCUUUCUUUCUGCAGCAUUUAGUUCUGGUCUCUCACUAGGCUAUUCUAAAACCUCAUUAUUCCUCUGUUGAUUUGGAUGUACGCUUGGACUCAUGUAUGACGCUGAAAACAGAAAUCACUUUUCAGCUUUCUAUCUGAAGGUUUUGACAAAACCCCAAUUCAAUGAUGAAAAGUAACACCGGAUCAUGAUGCUGCCACCAUAUUUUACAUUGGGGUUUGUGUUUGUGUUUGGUGAUGCUUACUGUUGUUUCUGUACCAAAUAAGCCUUUAGUUGAAGUUUGGUUCCAUGAGUUGAUUGCGGGAUAAAUGUCACAUUAAAGGAGGAAUAGUUGUGAAAAGAUUUUAUUAUGGUCAGGGUGCACUUUUUCAAUCCAUUAUUUUAGGCUUUAUAUGUCAUAAUGAUUUAAAGCAUCACUUUUCCUAAAUAUACUAUAUAAAAUAUUAUUUCUGACCAAUGUGAAGAAACAAAACAAAACAGUUUUUGUUGAAUCCAGGUGUGACGGCAUGAAAAAUCCCACUUAAUUUCCAUCUUAUUUUACCUGGCAUCUUUAUUUCUCCCUCAUCGGUUUAUCGUCUUCUUUUGUCUGCUUCUACAAGGCCAUGAGGAAACACUCAGUACUCCUCAGUGGCUUAAUGCUGGCAUUGUAUUGCACAAUUGUUUGUCUGUGGGCUGAUUUGCAUUCAGUGUGAAUGUCACUUUGGUGUGUGUGUCGUUUAUUCCCAAAAUCAUUGAGUGUGACACUUUGUGAAAGUGCGUUGGCCAUUUUAGAUGUUUACAUCAAUGCGAGUUUGGUUUUGUGAAUGCCUUUAUAGUGAUGUUUAUAUAUUGUGUGAUUUUGGUAUUUUGGGGGGCCAUUUAGGCUUUUAUGGCACAUUUAAAAAACAUUAAAAAGCUUAAACUGAAUCCAUUGUAUUUUUAAUGCUUAUAUUUUUGUGCGCACUCUGUUUUGUAAAUGACAGGGAAAAUAUAUCUGUGCUGCAGUAAGAGUGAUGGGUCUGUUCUGUGAUUGUACAUCCUGUUAUUUAGAGGUCAUGCUAUAGUUCUUAAUGGAAAAAAAUCCUUUAAAUCAACUAGAAAGACUUGUAGUUGCCUGCAGUUGGUAUGUUGUCAUUUUGAUAUCUUGAUACAUUUGGACCAAAUAGUCAGUUACUUUGGAGCUGGUUUUUUGAGCUGUUCUCAAAAUCACAAAUGAGCUCCAUAUCUAUUGUUCGUUCUUAGUUACAGUUCCGAUCAGAAGCUUACACCCAACCAUAAUCUGCAUAAUUGGGUUAUUAGUUCUGGACUUUGAAUUACCAUAUUCAUUUGAAACAUUUUUUUUCUUGGGUGGACUGAUUACACACGAUCCAACUUCAGUGAUUGUUUUAAAAACACGUUACUGGUGCAAAAGUUUUAUAAUAUGAUUUCUCACAGGUCCAAAUAUACAUACACCCUAAAGCAAGUUGCAGAGAAGCUAUAUAGUUUUUAUUGCGGUCAACAAGGUCCUGGAUCACUCUGGCUGGAUAUUUACCCAUUCUUCAUAACUGAUUGGGUAAAGUUAAUUUAAAUUGGUUGGUUUCCAAGGUACAGCCUCAGCUUUGAAAUGUAAUCCAAUCAUUUUGAACAUGAGGAAACUAUGCUUAAAAGCCAGGUUCAUGCCAGAAAACAGGCCAAUUAUGAUGAAUUGUAAAGAAAAGAGCAGUCAAAUAUGCAGCCAGAAUUAUCUCACAAGCUAUGGGACAUUUAAUCUGUUAUAGGUGGUGGUAUAUACAUACUUUUGGCCAUGUGUUGAUAAGGGGAAAUUGAAAAUUGAAACCUGUGCCAGCUUGUUUUUAAAGGCCCAAAACUAGAAGAUGAGUGCAUGUAAACUUCUGACCAGAACUGUAUGUGGUUCAGAUGAGGUGACAAUUAGCUGAUUCAGGAAAAUGCUUGAAUUGAUUUCAGUUGUGCACCAACAUCUGCUUCUUCUUCAUAAACCAAAUCCAGUAAAGGCUCAUAGUGUGCACUGUGGAUAAUAUAUUGUAACGGGAAAUUCACUGUUUCUGGCACUUUUGUGAAUUAAACAUUGAAAAUUCAAUAGGGACUGAUAUUUAAAAAGCACAAAUGAGUGCCAUGUAUGUAAAUGUAAUCUUUUUAUUCAGUGCCAUGAUGUGUUUGUAAAUAAACAUCUAUUGCACCAACAGA